AUCUUUACACUAAGACAAAUCUAAUAAGACUCUAGUUGACAAUAAUUUUCUUAAAAAAAAGAAAAAGGGUGUAAUUAAAAUAAAAACAAAGAAAGUAUUAUCUGUCUUCUAUCUCCUUUAUUUUUUACCUUUCACUACACCUAUUAAGCUGCUGGUUUAGAGCUCCACUACCCAAACCCCUCCUCCAAAUCUCUCUUCUCUUUCAAUCUCUCUAUACUUCCUUUGUUUGGUUGUCACCCUUAAAAUAAUGUAACUUCAUAUUAUAUUGCAUGCAUUCCCACAUUAUUUUUCCUUUCCUUCCCAUUACAAACACACCCAUUAUAUCUUCUUUAAAGUUUUGCCAAAUUAUAUUAUUGUACCAUAUGUUACUCUAAAUUAUUUAACCUCUUCUUGUUAUUACUAUUCUUGUUACUCUUUUCUUUAUUUUGUCAUUAAUUUUCAUGUGACAGGUUUUAUCUUGUAAAAUGGUGGUCACCAAGCUAGCUACCCUUUCUAGUUUCUUCAUUUAAUAGAAGAUCUUGUCACCCAGUUGAUUUUUAGCAUACACUCAAUUUUAUGUCUCAUUUUCUGUUUUCUUAUUUUAACCUUCUUUUGGAAAGGUUAUUUUUAAACUAUGUAAUAACUUCUUGGACCGUUUCUUGUUUCCAUAGAAGAGAGUAAAAAUUAGUUUUAUUUAGUUUUAAAAGAAAGACAUUCCUAGGAAUUUAAGACUACCCACAAAAAAAUCCUACAUAAUAUCCAUUGUGAUUCUUAUUUAGUAAUAGCUUUUUUGUUUGCUUCCUUAAUCUAUCUCUUUUAAAAAAACACAUAAAAAAAUGGAACUUUCAGGACAUGAAGAAGGAGCAGAGAUCCCCAUGCCAAUUAAUAGUGCUUUUGUAGGAGUCCAUGGUUACCAUCAUGGGCUCACGAAUCAUCGCCAUCACCAUGAUCCAUCAUCAUCAUCAUCCCAUAACCAUCAUAACAUAAUCCCAUCAAACAAUUCCAAUGGUACUAGCACUAUCACUACUACUACUACCAUUUUGGAGGAGGAUGAUCAUCCACAUCAACAUCAUCAGUUAGACUGUGAUAUCAAUGAUGACAACUGUAAUAGUGGCGAUAACCAUGAUGGUCAUGGUAUGGGUAGCAUGAAAAAGAAGAUGAUGAUGAUCAUAAAAUAUAGGGAAUGCAUGAAGAAUCAUGCAGCAUCCAUGGGAGGAAAUGCAACAGAUGGAUGUGGAGAGUUUAUGCCAAGUGGAGAAGAAGGUAGUGUUGAAUUUCUCACUUGUUCAGUUUGCAACUGCCAUAGAAACUUCCAUAGAAAAGAAAUUGAAGGUCAACAACAGCAGAAUAAGGUGAUAAUCCCACCACCUUCUACACAUUCUCAAUUUUACCCUUCUACACCACAUUCUCACCUUCUUAGCACAAGGGGUAGAAAGGUAAUUUUGGGUAGUGGUGUAGGGUACCCUACAGCAGGAUCAUCUGCAGGACAACUUGUCCCAUUUCCAAGGUCAGUAACAAUCAACAUGCCUUACACACUUUCAGAUCAUCAUUCUGAUGAUCAUCAUCAUCAUCAUGGGAAUGGUGGUAGGAUGAUGAUGGUAAGCCCUCAUCAUCAUGAUCAUCAUAAUCAAGUUCUUAAGAAGAGGUUUAGGACUAAAUUUAGUCAAGAACAAAAGGAGAAAAUGAUGGAAUUUGCUGAGAAAGUUGGGUGGAAAAUUCAAAAGCAAGAAGAGGAAGUGGUGCAACAAUUUUGCCAAGAGAUUGGGGUUAAAAGGAGAGUUUUGAAGGUUUGGAUGCAUAACAACAAGCACAAUUUGGGUAAGAAGAGUGACAUCAUUGACAAUAAUAUCAACAACCCAUCUUGAUCUUAAUUUGGUUGCUUAAUUAAUACUCAUUAAUUGGUUAUUAAUUUGUUAUAUUUGAUCAUGAGUGAUGACUUAUUGAUAUAUGAUCCCAUUUUAGUUAAGUGUUAGUACUUGUAUUUGUCUUGUUAGGUAUGUUUUAAUUUGUUUUCUUGUUGUCUUAUGUUUAUGUAAAGAGUAAAUAACUUUUAGAUGGGAUGAUGUCAUGUAAUUUGAGCUUUUGAUGUACUAGGUUUAUUGGGUUUGGUCAUUGGUGGAGAAAUAGAUGCUAUAAAGAAAAUGAUCCUUGAAAAGAUUUUUGGGUACUUGCUAUUGGAUAUUCUUAAUUUUACAAAGUGUGUACUUAUAUUUUAAUUUCUUAAAGUCAUUACUUAUAGUAGUUAUCACUUUUACAUUUGUUUGGUGUAAGCUUUUUCAAUAUGAUAUGCAUGUUGAUAAUUUUUACGUAAAACUUAUGAUUAGUUCGUAGCUAAUUAAUUUGUUAAAGGUAUACACACGAGCCUGUAACUUCGACUUCAUAAGUGUGGCCGGGAUUUGUUCUAGGCACAAAUAAUGCGUGUUUUGAUGAAGCUUGUAUCUAGUCAACAAAAUUAAGUCUCAUCUGUGACAUUUUUUAAGAGGGGAAUUUCCUAGCCAUCGGGUUCAUCUUGACUGCCAAGGCACCUGAUAGGUUUCCUUCAAUUUUUUUUUUUAAAAUUUAUACAUUAUUUUAAUUUUACAUAUUGUUAUUUUUUUUACAUAUCAUAUUUACUUUUUAUUUUUUUCCAUUAUAUCAAUCACUAGUAUUUAUUUAUAUUUUAACGUACUUUUUAAUUUCUUUUUCCACCUUUUCA